CUUUCGUGAUCCACACAAGCCAGAGACCCCAAAAGGAUCCCUGCUGAGAGUUUGGGAGCUUGUUUUCUGAUCUUUCUCUGAUAAUGGAUACACCAGGUAAAUGAUCCUUGUGUUUUGGAAGCUCAUUCUGCAGGGCUGUAUAUACUGAGCAUUAGUAGGGAGUAUCUCACUUUAUAGCUAACUAAUUCUGUGAUGGUCUUAGAAGUUCCUCACUGACUGUUACUGUUUGACAGAACUCAUCUGUGAUCUUAAAAGGGACACUAUAGUCACCAGAAUCACUACCACUUAAGGCAGUGGUUCUGGUGAUGAAACAUACAGGCUUUGCAAUGUAAAUACAAUGUAUUUCUCUUUUACUCUCUAGUACCACCUCCUAGGUGCAGACAUUCAAAUGGCCACUAGAGGUGCUUUCUGUGUCUACCCUCAGUCUCAACACUCUGCAUGGUGAUAGAGGUGUUACUCUAGUACCAAAACACCUGGAUUUCAAACCUAACCUGUGCUGCUAACCUUGCACCCUGUUUCUCAAAUCAGGGCCAAAUCCAAGUAUAAAAAAACUAUGCUGCCAAAUGUGCACAAGGAGUCCUACAUACAGUUUAAAUGGCUUUAAUGUUGGUAUUGACAAAGUGGAAACACUGUACUCUUGUUGGUGCUUCAAAUAAUAUCUAUAUCUAUAUCUAUCUCUCUCUACGUAAAUUUGGCAUCUAGUUAAUCUUCCUUGGUAUCUUUGCUUUCAAUCUGAGGAGAUGCUAAUUGAUUGUGUUUGAGCAAAGCAUACACACUAACCUCCUAAAUGAUUUCCUAUGGGGGUCACUAGAUGGGUUGAGAUCAUCGAAACUGAUCACAUCCACAUACUGGUAUGGGAGAAAAGGUGAGUAAAAUCACCUUGUUAGCGUGAGGCAAGCAUUAGAAUCAGUAAUCCAUAUUUCUAUUUCUUACACUAGUGUUCCUUUAAAUAAACUCUCUGGAUUAAAAAUGUCUAAUUCAAAAUUUAACCUCAGCUGACCUGGUGACACACUUUACUGUUUGGCUAUAUACAUUUAAAAUUGUACCUAAUGCUGCUGGUAGGGUAGCACAUUUAAAAACCCAGGACAGUGGGACAGAACCUUAAUACUGCAUACCUCCCAAAUGUCCCUACAUUGCAUAAAUUGUUAGGAAGUCUCCUAAAACAUUUUGCAACAGGCCAGCUCCUGUCCACACUGACACCUCUAAAACAUGUGUCCUUCUUGGUCCAUUUGAAAUUUUUGAAGAUAAAAAGAACCCUGUAAUGUAGACCAAAAGAAAUGGCUCCUGUUUGGAGCUCUGGGUUCUGGAAGGGUUGUUUCCUGUGCUGCUGGGGUUUUAUUGAACCGUCUUAAAUCCAAUUUAAACCUUCAAUAUCUAGGCUUAUGACUUAAAUCCCUUGCAGUUGUACUUUCAUAUUGUGUUGUGGACUACCAAUAGUGGCUAUAACCUCUUCCUAUUGACUUCCAGAUACCCUCCUGUUUGCUGUGAAGGAUUAUGUUGCCAGAGCUGGAUUACCACCCAAGAAUCUUCUGGAUAGCUUUGAUGCCAGAUCUAGCAUUGUAGGGAAGAUGAAUAAUGUCAGUAAGAUUGCCUUUAACCCAGAAGGGGUGCUGUUUGCUGUGCGUGGUAAAGAACUCUUCAUGGGAGCUAUGCCUUCAGAUCCAAACCUGGACUUUUUCUCUACUGCCAAGAGAGUGGGCAAAACUGACUGGGAAGGGUUUAAAUUCAUCUUCUUUGAUCCAAAUGGCCUUCUGUAUGCAUCUACCAAGAAUGGGGAGUUCUACAAGGGUCCAGCACCGAGCAAUGAAAACGUGUCCUGGCUUUAUGGCCAAGCCACUAAAAUAGGAACCGGCGGCUGGCAUGAAUUUGAUGCCCUUUUCUUUGACCCUAAAGGCAUCCUGUAUGCAGUGACCAGUGACGACAAGCUUGUGAUGAGAAGCCCUCCAACCAAACCAGACGAUAACUGGCUUGCCUCCAGCACAACCAUUGGAAAAGGAGGCUGGCGCAUUCUGACCCAUUUCAUGGCUUUCACCCUAGAGUCGGACCUGUGGUGUGUGGAUUCAAAGAAUGGCAACAUCUAUAAAGGACCAGCACCGACCAAGGCUGAUACCAACUACAUUGAAAAGGCAGAGAAACUGGGCUGGGGUUACAAUGUCUACCCCCUCCUUUCCUUCACCAUUGAUAAAACCAUCCAGAGUAUUGUGAGCUUUGAAUUCUUGCCAGAUUCAGGGAAAAUCCUAUCCCAAGGCACAGAGGUGGUGCAGACCCAGAUCUAUAACAACAAGAGCAGCACUCCAUUAAAGCACACCUUCUCGUAAGUAAUGGCAACUUGAAUCUCAUCCACUCAGGGAUCCCAAUUUCAACUUGCCACUGGCGAGUGACCACUUCAGCUGUGGCAAGCAGAAAUUCACCCUCAGUGUUCCAUGGAUCCUUCAGGCUUGCAGUAGUCACACACUUCUAGGCCUGACUAAUGGAAUAGGACUUUAGCUCUGCAGGUACUUCUACCUAUUGACAAGAUUACAUAGUACUUUAAAUACUAAAAGGUUGGUGGUCUCUCUACAUUAAAAUCCUUCAUAAGUUACAUGAUUCUAUACUGGCUGAAUAGAGCAUGGUGUCUGUCUUACCAAGGUUGAGGAAAGCCUUGUUUACAGUCCUAGGGUUACUUCGUGGCAGACAGUGCUUUUAUUUAUAAUGCCUGUGUUGGUGCUUGUGACUUUUCUAUGCAAAACAAAGGUUUAGGUGGUCCAAGAAAGGCAAGAUUAAUCAAACUAGAUGACAAGCGGCAACAGUUUGACCUUUAAGGUCUUUCUCUGAAUUGGAAGUUCGCAGGAUAGAUUUGGGAAUAUAAUUGCCAUUAGAUGUGCUCUGAGGUUGUUCUGUUGAACAAUUGUGUGUUCUGGAUAUACUGCUCUUACAUUGGUCAUAGUCUUCAACACUGCUGCCAGUCCUCCUUAAUGAGUGAGCUUCACUUAUGUGAUGCUUUUUAAUUGCACUCAUUUUGUGAUUGUGCUUCUAAAAUGAUGGGGUGUAUCCCUUAUUUGCUAGUUUGAGGAAGACCUUUUAAAGGUUGAAACAUUGCUGCUGAUCUGGUUUAAUUAAACUUUCCCUUUAUUUUUGGACCAUGGAGUGCCUAAACCUAUGUCUUUGCAUACGGUAUCUGGGAACCAGUGCUGGCCCCUGGUUUAGUUGCACCCUGGCCCAGAGUUAUGGGAUUGAGUGCAGUUCUGAUUCUACGCAGAAAAUGUCUCUUUUCCAGUCUUAAAAUAGUUGCUAGCUUCUGCUACAGAAAGCCAGUCACUAAUGUCUACUAGACUCAGCGACUGGUUUGUUAUCCUAUUUCUCAUUGCUGGCUGCUUCUAGUCAGGCAGAAGGGGCAUUAACCCUUCCUAUUGAACAAGUCUUGUUCCAGUCCCUGACACGAGGUGAAGUUGCAUUCUCAGGUGUUUCUGUGCUUUACCAGCAAACCACAACUGUCAGUCUGGGAACUUGUAGUUGCUAGAAGCUACUGGUUGCUAAUGCUUGUCUGAGGUGAGCAUGUCUUUUGCACAGGUUUUCCCUCACACUUCACUUCUGGAUGGAACUGUCUGGUUAUCAAGGAAGGAAUUGACUUGUAAUGGCAAAUAUUAGAAUACCUCCAGGAAAACUGUCCAGAUGUCUGGUCUCAGACUACAUCUUUGUCCUCCUGUUUGACCUGACUAUUCAUGGUGUCCUACCAUGCACAAUGUUGGGUUAUUUUUGUGGGUCACAUCCCAGUUCUUGACAAAAACCUCUUGUUGGGUUGGAACGUUUGUCCUUUGUUUCAAUAAACCUGCCUGUGGCUCUAACAUCGGGGGAGGGGGAUGAUUAUUUUUCUACUAGCUUUGCUGUAGUGGGAUAGUUGGUCCUGCACUGGGUGGCUGCUUGGGGACUGAGUGCAGUUCCUACCUACCUUUCUAGCUUCAAACAUGGCAAAUCCAGAAAUCCUUGUAAUUCUGUUAGCUAGUUGCAGCCCAGAAAUGUUCCAUAUUGUGCACACUGGCAAGAUUUGGGAUCCUAUGCAACCUUGCAGGCCGAGUUCCUGCAAGAAUAAGAUCACAAUAUCCUCCUUCCUACACACACUGCUCCCUCACAUUACCCAGGGUAUGUAUGUCAUAGUAUACAGUAGGGCAUUCCUUUUUGCCGCCCCCACACACCAAUAAAGAGUUGGAGGCAAACAUGACAUAAUUUUCCAAUUCUCCUAGGAAAGGGUGGUCAAAAAUCCAGUGACUAGCUUAAUAUCCUUUCUGGAUUGUCUCAGGCUAUUCUCCUUCUCUCUCAAUAUAUUAAUGUGAAGGGUUUGUCUUUCUAGCUUCUCCAAGACCAUAACUGAGAGCAGCACUUUCAGCCAGGAACAUGGAUUCACAGUGGCUGUUGGUGCAGAGAUGUCCUUCAAAGCUGGAGUCCCAUUCAUAGGAGAAAUGGAGACCAAGAUUUCCAUCAAUGUGAGCACAACUCAUACCUGGAAUUUCGCCAAGACCAAUGAAAUCCAGGUAAGGGUGGAUUAAAUAAUGGUGGUGGCAAGGUAUCAAUAUGUAUGUUCAGAUUUGGUAUAGUUUGUUUUAGAAGAUGCUUUUGCGUUAUUGGAGGGGAAGCAACAGGCAUGGUAUAAUGUGUCCUGACGUUGCAUGUAACUCACUAGCUAAUACCUAAUACAAGUUAUGGGUUCCUUGACUCUCAUCUUGGACAAAAGGAACUGUUUGUAAAUUUGAGAAAGUGCUGCGUCCCAAAACGGUCCUAUUUUAUUUUUACUCCCACGUUAAAUGCUAUGGUAGCACACUAGCACCAUAUAUUAACCUUUGCACAUCUACAGACUCACAGCCACAGAUAUCCUUUGUUAUAUUGGAGCAGCUGUAACAAGCCACCCAUAUAACAAGAACAGCUUAAGCCUUCCUGGCCAGUCUGUACACUAUUGCCCAACCUUUACUUACAUGAGGUCAAACAAUAGAAAUAGCCUAAAGCUGCAUCAUGCUUUUUGACCCUUCUCUCAACCAGUUAAUUUGUGCAAUAAAUGGAUAUUCUGUACAGGUAACAUGUUCUUGACUAUUCAUGAUGAAAUAUUGCUCCUGCCAGUAUCUAACCAUCUGACUUCUUCUGCAGACAACCUUCUCCUCCAGCACAGAUGUGGAGGUACCAGGAGGGCAUUCAAUACGUAUGGUCGCAUCUGUGACCAAGGGAGAAAUGGAUGUACCGUUCCGUGCCAAGAUCCGCACCUUGUUUGGCUAUGAGACCAUGAUACAGGGAAUGUGGAAAGGGAUCAGUCACUAUAACUUGAUGGUCACCCAGGAAGACUACAAACCAUGAGAUGGACUGAUCCUCUGUAUGGAAUACGGUCUUGCACAGACAAAUCAAACCCUACAGAAUGCCUCU